AUGGUUCAAGAAUCAAAUCAAUCAUCUGCCGAAUACGGGCCUAUGAAACGGACUAUACAAUUUGACGACAGCCCACCCCCAAAACAUCGUCAGAUCCAUCGUCCAACCUUCACCCACUCAAACGAAACCGUUCUCUGCACCGCGUGCAAGGAUGCUUUCAGCAAAGAGUCAGUCAAGGCCGACGACUUCCGUCGAAGAAGUCGCAAUCAGCAUCACGAGUCAUCCGAGGAUCUCGCCAAGGCAGUCGAAAAGGGAUGUUAUUUCUGUAAACGCUUUGCGCGUCACUCUGCGGACCCGAGCAUUUCGACUGUUCUGAACGACGAUCUCAUUCUUCAUCCAAGACCUGAUCCCUUGAGAUUAUUCUUUGCGGGUUCUGAACAGCAUACAGGACGCGCGUGGAGAGAGGAUGAUCUGGAUGACUUGGUUUGUAUUAAUCUCCUCAAGCGUAGCCCAGAUGACGAGCCACCUGCGCGGUUGAGUCCACGUAGUCACUGGUGGAAGGUCAUCACCACCGAGCAUCAUCAAACGCCUGCCAAUUAUGGAGGUUAUCUCACGCUGAGUCACCGCUGGGGCUCUUCGCCAUUCGUACAGCUCACGUCGGACACACUGCCCGCAUUCCAAAACAACACAGCUAUCAAGAGUCUUCCCAAGACCUUCCGCGAUACGAUCGCGCUGGCUCAUCACUUCAAUAUUCAUUGGAAGAAAGAGUCCUCCAGAAUGGACCACGUGUACUCCAACUCCACCUGCAACAUCGUUGCCGCACACUCCGAGGGACCCUAUGGUGGACUCUUCACAGCGAGAGACCCAUCCGUCUUGGAAUCGUUGGUUGUUUGCUCAGAGAGAACGGAUAUCCCGUCUCGCGAAUACACCGUCUGGGAUCACACGUCCAUCCUAAACGACUACAACAGAGCCCCGCUGUACAAGCGCGGUUGGGUCUUCCAAGAGCGCUUACUGCCCAAAAGGACUCUUCACUUCGGUAAAGACCAAGUCUUUUGGAAAUGUAGACGGCGCCUUGCCUGUGAGAGCUUGCCCGACGGCAUACCGGUGGCACCAGACAACGACGUGGUCGAGCGCGAGAAAGGCGUCGCCCGAAUACGCAGAAUGCGCCCCCAAGAGGAAGAGGAUUCGCCAGAGGAUGAAGAAACGUUCGCAACUGUCUGGGAGCACCUGGUUGAGGAGUACUCGGGCUGUAGCUUGACCUACGAAAAGGACAAGCUCGCGGCCUUGAAUGGAAUGACCGGCAUCUUUUCUAAUACCUCCUUGAGUCGAUACAUUUCCGGUAUCUGGAAUACAAACAUCGCCCGACAAAUCUGCUGGAGCUUGAACCCUGCGGCGGAAAAGAAGUCCCGACCUGCUCAUCCCGCCCCAUCUUGGUCGUGGGCUUUCGUGCAAGGCAAGGUCUCGUUCAAGGCCAUCGUGAACAGCGACGAGAGCAUCUUACAUCUCGCGCGUCAUAUCUACCAUAGCGCCCAUAGCAAUGCUCCCGCAGGACGCCGCAUACCACUCGGAGGCUAUAUCAGCAUGAGCGGCAGCGUUUAUACUCUCAAAGUGUCGAACAUGUCCAACGGCGGGGUUUCGCUGAGUCUUGAUGGAAGGUCGGAGCGACUGGACUACAACCCUUUCGUCUUUGACUUUUAUCGGAAGGAUUUACUCCCCGUGGAGGUGGUCAUCUUACCACUCAUGUGCACCAGGGAACCUCCCGUCAACGCAGAGGGCGUCGAGAUUGCCGGUUUGAUAUUGCAUCCUUUGGGCUACAUCAUCGACGACUGCGGGAACAUGGCACUUCGAGGAUCCUACAGAUAUUGCGACUUCAUUGUAGCUGAAAUCGAGCCCAUAGUGCUUUAG